AUCACAUGGCUAAUGCUUGUGUUCUAAACACAGAGAUGAGAAUUCGGCUGGAGAAUUCGCGAAUAAUAAUGUUUAGAUUAGUUACGGGAGGAUGUGUCCGAUUUUAACGCUCUGGUUGUAACUUUAAAAGCUUUCCAAGAAAAAGAAAAGGUGGGCGCACCUCUGUCAUGGAGCUGAAUGGUUACCACUGUGACAGUGAGCUCAAAGAUGAGGACACGAUGGAGACACAGCUUCUCCGCUCUAGGGCCGAAGCGCCUUGUGGCUUCGUCGGUACAGCGGAACUGGAGCGCAGUCCUGCCGGGGGAGGCGCCCACCCAGAGCGGCUGGUGUCGAACUCGAGCUCGGGGAGACAGAGGAUCGACUCGCUGAAGAAAAACAGGCCGCCUUUCCCAUGGUUUGGCAUGGAUAUAGGUGGUACUUUGGUCAAGCUGGUUUACUUUGAGCCCAAAGACAUCACCGCAGAAGAAGAGCAGGAGGAGGUGGAAAGUCUGAAAAGUAUCCGCCAUUACCUCACUUCACACACAGCCUAUGGUAAAACGGGCAUCCGAGACGUGCACCUGGAGCUGACUGACCUGACUCUGUGGGGGCGCAGGGGCAGCCUACACUUCAUCCGCUUUCCCACACAAGAGCUCCCAGCUUUUCUGCAGAUGGGCCGAGACAAGCAUUUCUCCAGCCUGCAUACCACUCUCUGUGCCACUGGUGGUGGUGCGUACAAGUUUGAGGCUGAUUUCCGCACGACGGCAGACCUGCAGCUUCUGAAGCUGGACGAGUUAGACUGUCUGAUUAAGGGUGUCCUUUACAUCGACUCGGUGGUCUCAAAUGGUCCCCCUGAGUGUUACUACUAUGAGAACCCCACAGACCCGGAGCACUGCGAACAGAAAGCCUACAAUCUGGAGAACCCUUACCCUCUGCUCCUGGUCAACAUCGGAUCCGGUGUCAGCAUACUGGCCGUCUACUCCAAAGACAACUACAAACGAGUAACUGGUACCAGUUUGGGUGGUGGUACUUUCCUCGGGCUGUGUUGCUUGCUCACUGGCUGCUCUACCUUUGAAGAGGCGCUGGAAAUGGCUUCGAUGGGAGAAAGCACUCGUGUGGAUAAACUGGUCAGAGACAUUUACGGGGGUGACUAUGAGAGAUUUGGCUUGCCAGGAUGGGCUGUUGCUUCUAGUUUUGGGAGCAUGAUUUGCAAAGAAAAGCGAGAUUCCGUCUCAAAAGAGGAUUUGGCUAGAGCCACACUUGUCACCAUCACAAACAACAUUGGUUCAAUCACACGCAUGUGUGCACUAAAUGAGAGCAUCGAGAGAGUGGUGUUUGUUGGGAACUUCUUGCGGGUGAACACAUUAUCCAUGAAGUUACUGGCAUAUGCUAUGGACUACUGGAGUAAAGGACAACUCAAAGCUCUGUUCCUCAGACAUGAGGGCUACUUUGGUGCUGUUGGAGCGCUGUUGGAACUGAUGAACUCCUCUUGAUCACUGCUGUCUCCUCAAAAUUCUCAGUAACUCUGGAGGUUCACCACAGAUGCCUUCAAUGUCUGGCUGUUAUCCCAUGAGAAAAAGUAAUGAUACAUGUAUUAUUAAUGGACAUUAGUAGUUGUGUAUAAUGUCAUCCCUUAGCUGUACUAUAGUUCUGGUGCCUAGGUAUUGACUCAGGUAAACCUUUUAGCUUUUGGCCAAUUCUUUUGGAUCUGUACAGCCAACUGUCCCCAUUGUCUUCUUGGUCAUGAACUCUUGCUAAGAAGAUCUCCAUGGUAAUCUUUUAGCCAAGGACAGUUUUUACUGCCAGUUACACUAUUGCAUUAUUUUGGUAUAGUGCUAAAGGCAUAAGCCAUGAUAUAUAAGGCACUUCAAUUAAAUGUGAAUAGGAGAAAUGCACUUUCCAUAUUUCACAAGUCAGGCCAGUCAGUACUUUCCUUUUGAAUUAAGGAUCAUAAGUGAGGCAUCGUUUUUAUCGGUUCAGAAGACAUUCAUUAUUAAAACGUUUAUUAUCUUGAAAUCAUUCACUUUUUUUUUUAAACAAUGAUGUACAUACAUUUCAAGAGUUGUUAAAUAUAUAGUUAGAGAGUUAAAGACACAUUUGAAUGCACCAAUGAUAAAACGAUCAGAGUCACAUUGUGCUUCAAUUCCAGAAUUUGAAUUUAGAAGUUCAAAACCUUCUUAUGUCAUAAUAGUUGAGAACAGAGAAAAUCUUGAUAUGUUCACUAGACCCAUUCAUAGUCUUUAUGAAGACACCAAAAGUUAUCAGCCAUUAUUGUUUACGUUGUGUUAAUUGAAGCAUGAAAAAAUGCUUGCGUAGACUCUGAUCUUUCUUUCGUGUAUUCACAGUAAUACAGUGAUGAACUUAUACUAAUUUAUUCAACUGAGCAUCAUGAACAUCACUUAAAUACUGAAAAUUCACAGAAUAUACAUUAUACACCAAUCUUAACUUGAAUAUUAUCCACAAUUCUGUCAUUUACAGGGAGUUCUUUUUCUGCCUUACUUCCAUGUAUCUGUCUCUUCUUUGGUUUAUCAGUCUGUUGAGGAUACUCAUCCUUGUUGUUUGAUCUAGUACUGAAGUUUGCUGAGAGCAAUUACUAAUGAGAUAUGUUGAAGAAAUUUGACAGUAAGUUAACGGUGAAAUUCACUCAGCUGGGUGUCCGCCAUUACUCAAAGCCUAUUGGCUGAUUUCAGUCAUGUGACUGGACUGUGAACAUUUCCUCACAGUAGGCUAUGGACUCUGAUCAUUUUUCCAUAGCAUGGCUUUAUUUUAAAUUGAAAAUUCUGUGACCCUGAUCUUUCUAUCAGCCAAGUACAUUCAUGAGAUCAUUCUUCAAUGCUCAAUCAACAGCCGUGGAUGCACAACUCCAAAAAUACAGUUUUGUGACUUUGAUCGUUUUUUCAUUGUGGUCUUCAUUUAUUGUUGCUGUAAAUUUUUUAAUAUGGCAUACGCAGAAUGACCAUUUGAAUUGUCCGAAUUGUAUUGUAUAUUAAUGUUAUUUUACAAAAGAAACGUCUGCAGUGUUGGGCCUGCAGACAGUAAAAAUGUUAUGGGGAAAACAUGGGCCAUCAGCUUUCAAUUACCUUGCCCGCAAAUGUAGAUAGAUGUACCUUGCCUCCUGGCGAGCAUAUUUUCAUGCAUUUCUUUUAGUGUCUGUAUGAAUUUCAUAAUAGCUCUAUGGAAGUCUGGACCUUCAGCUAUACUAGGGACUAACCAAAGACAUGGAAGUUACAGGGAUUGUGGUCCAACAGUUCUGCUUUUACCUCACAGUAAAAUUGUAACUUUCUUCCCUAAGCUUUUUGGUACAUUUAAGUUUUAAAUAAUGAAUACAUAUUAAGCAGUUACAGCCUAGUGUGCUGUAUGACAUGAGAAGUGCCUAAAUAAAAGACAAUCAUGUGACGAAGCUGCUUCAAAUGACAGGUGAAAUGUGGCUUACAAGGAAUGUAUUGAGACCCAGCUUUGUACUUUUUGUUUUAUAAUAAAAAAUAUUUAAAUUA